GAUUAUGUAACCACUCAUAACCAGCGUGCCGGACCGCGAGCCAUUUAUUGUCGGGUUUGUCGGACUGAUACGAUACGGGCUCCGUCAAUAAACACACACACUUUUCUGCAGAUUCAGUCCGAUGUAGUAAGAUUGUAAUAUUCGAGUUGUGGCAAACAAUAAUUCUUAAAAUGAAUAAAGAAUUUAUAACCGAAUUCAUUGAAGUGUAUAGGCAGCAUCCAGCGUUAUGGAAAAUAAAAUCGUCGGAAUACAUAAACAAAAAUUUAAAGAAUCUGGGGUACACUGCAUUAAUGGAAGUCUGCAAAAAAUUUAAUAUUCCGCAAAGUCGAGACAUAGUUCAAAAGAAAAUUCAAUCCUUGAGAAGUACCUUCAGAAAGGAGUACAAAAAAGUGGAAAAUUCGAUUAGAAGUGGCCGUGGCAGUGAUGAAGUAUAUACACCAAAUUUAUGGUAUUUUGACUUGUUGAUGUUUAUCAAAGAUCAAGAACAGCCCGCCCAAAGCGUUUCGAAUGUGCCAAGUCCAUCUACGGCAAGUACGAGUGGCGACAGGGAAGAAGGCGACGAUGAUGACGAUGCCGCUAUUCUUGAAGACAAUGAAUCAGAAAUAAUAAGUGAAACUCAGGUUGCAAGUCCAAGUGCAUCAACAACACCAAGUAUCAGUACUUCAUUUAUUACAGAAGCUAGGCGAACCGCAAAAACGCGCAAGAAAGAACAUACAAACGAACAUCGUGAUUUUCUAAAAGCAUGCACCAGUGCCUUAACAAGUGGCAACAAUGAAGUUUUGGAUGAUAGCGAUGCAUUUGGUACAUAUGUGGGCAAAAAACUGAAAAGUGUCAAAGACAACUCCCAAAAAAUGUACGCUGAAACAUUGAUUACGCAAGUUUUGCAAAGAGCAGUAAUGAGCACAUUAUCAGAGAAUACAGUUCUCACUGACCAAAAGACAAACAUGUUUUGGUCUAAUAAUCAAACAAACGUAGUGCAUGCCUCAAGCUGUACUAAUAAUGAUGAGCCUAAUACACUUCCUCAAUAUUAUUCAACUUUUACCAAUCUUAAUUAGAUUAGCUUUUUUUUACAUAUGUUUAUGUUUCCUAUUUAUAA